UUCAGCAGAUCGGCUCGCCGAUCCAAGUCCACGCUUCCACACAACACAGUCGACUCAUUCUGCGCUGAUACUUUGCACCGAGCGGUUUUACGGAAGGCUCUACACAGGGCGUCCCAAAUUUACGCUCCGACACACAGAAAGCGGUGAUAUUAGUGAAGUGCAUCCGACGAGUUCCGGUCGCUCAUCUGUGAUUUUAAUUUCAAAUUUUUUCAUCGACUCUUCCUUUGUUGUUGGUAUUCGUGAUUUUAUAGACACAUUUUUGGAACGAUGGUAACGACGAGCACCGCGACCAGUACUAUGAGUUCAGGAGUUCUAUCGCCUUCAAUUGCGGUUGCUCCGAUGAGUAAUAACGUGGGAUCCAGUGUUAUUUCCACGGUGGAAACUUCCUCAGGAGUAAUUAAUGGAAAUGGAGCGUGUAGGACCCAAACGAGAGUCAGUGAUAACAGACGAAGUAACAAACCUAUUAUGGAGAAGAGGAGACGAGCCAGGAUUAACAACUGUCUAAAUGAGUUGAAAACACUAAUUCUGGACGCAAUGAAAAAAGACCCUGCUCGCCAUUCCAAACUAGAGAAAGCCGAUAUUCUGGAGAUGACUGUAAAACACCUUCAGAAUCUCCAACGGCAACAGACCACCAUGAAUUCCGUCGCCGAUCCCGCUGUCAUUAACAAGUUUAGAGCUGGAUUUACAGAGUGUGCCUCAGAAGUUGGUCGCUUUCCAGGUUUGGAUCCGAUUGUGAAGAGGAAAUUGUUACAGCAUCUGGGCAGCUGUCUGAAUCAAGCGAAUAAGCCUCAAGAAGUUCCUCAAGUACAGGUUCACAUCCUACCAAACAAUAUUCAUCGUACAACGGAACAACAAGUCCCCCAAUCGGGAAUUAUCCUGAGCAACGGACAAGGUGGCGGCGUGCAAUUAGUCCCAACGCGAUUGCCUAGUGGCGAGAUUGCUUUGGUAUUGCCCUCUUCCGCCCAACAACACCCAUCCAUGCCUUCGCCAGUGCCUUUGCUAGUACCCAUCGUGCCUGAACGAAGCGCCAGCACCAACUCCUCGGCAUCUACCGGUUCCAGCUACAGUCCUAGUCAAAGUCCGGAACCAGCGGAGGCGAUGUACUGCCAGGCUCAACAGAAACCAUUAAGUUUAGUUGUGAGGAAGGUAGAUGAGAACGAUAAUGACGCUGAAGAAAGACCAUGGAGACCGUGGUAACUGUUUUAUGAGUCGGGUCCAGUUUUUGGUUUUGUAAAUGCAGAGGGCAUCUUGAAUGAAAUAUAAAAAAAUAAAUUUAUCCUUUGAUAAAAAAUAUGUAUUUGUUAUUUUUUGUUUGAUGCAAAACAGUUGCUGGAAUCAGGCGACGUAAAAAGACAUUUAUUGUGACAGUGGCAUGUCAGUUAUGUGAUAUUAUGUAUAGAGAAAAUAUUUUUUUUUAGUUAUUAUAGUAUAAGUGGAUGCUGUUUAUUAUACUUUUUUAAAUAUACACAGAUGUGUUUUAAAUUUAAGUAGAAUUAUUAAAGAUUUUAACUUGAGUUUAACUGGAAUAUUCGAUAUUUGAUAAAACACGGUUUACAUCAACUUAGCGGUAGCGUCCUUUAGACAGCAAACUCCUGCAGUCCUUCAUUAAUUGUUAUUAAUAAUAAGUAUAUUUAGUUAUUAGUAACAUACGAAUGAAGUUUAUUAUAUCUUUUUGAAUUUACACCAAUGUGGUUUAAAUUUAAGCAGAAUUUAAAGAUAAACUUGAGUUUGACUGGAAUAUUUAUGAAAUAUUUGAUAAAACAUUGUUUACAUAAACUUUUACCUGACAGCAAAAUCUUGUAGUCUUCCAUUACCUAAUUGUUAUUAAUAAUAUAUGACAAGAAUAAAGUUAUAUUCAUAUUUGUAUUUAAGUGCAAAAGAUUUAUAAUAAAGAGUGAUAUUACAAGUAAUGA